UUUUUGCAUCAUUUGAAAUAUGUCAGGAAUAGCGGUUACAAGACUUGGCGAAGAAAGAAAAGCAUGGCGAAAAGAUCACCCAUUUGGCUUCGUCGCCAGGCCGAUGAAAAAUGCCGAUGGUACAUUAAAUCUCAUGACAUGGGAUUGCGCUAUUCCAGGCAAGAAAGCGACAUCUUGGGAAGGAGGUUUAUACAAGCUAAAAAUGAUUUUCAAGGAUGACUAUCCAACAACACCUCCAAAAUGUAAGUUUGAUCCACCAUUAUUUCAUCCAAAUGUAUACCCGUCCGGAAUGUGUUUGUCCUUGCUGGAUGAGGACAAAGAUCCCGCAAUUACUAUUAAACAAAUUUUAUUGGGGAUUCAGGAUUUGUUAAAUGAGCCUAAUGUAAAAGAUCCCGCUCAAGCAGAAGCAUAUACUAUAUACUGCCAAAAUCGAAUGGAAUAUGAUAAAAGGGUAAAAGCACAAGCAAGAGCAAUGGCCGCCAUAGAUUAAUUAAUUGUAAAUAGAUACCAAUUUCCAUAAGUAAUAAUAUACAGAUUCAGGAAAUACAGAAACUGGUACGU